GGGCAAAAACAAAUACACAAAAGGAAACUGUGAAUCAGGGCAUGUCCAUUUUUAAGUUUCUUUCCAAAGCACACAGUUCUUUCUGAAUAUUUAGGCAAGUUAGCUGGCUAACUCAUUGAUCCUUCUUUGUAGUAUACCCCUCUGGUGUCUCUGUAUAAUGGAAUUCCCUUAUGGUUGGGAAUGGUGAUAUCUUCCCAAACCUAUUGUUAAAAAAAGAACCCUGACAUGUCUGGUCCUACCCGGCCAUCGCCGAAGACUCCGGGUAGCCCGGAGAGACCCGUCCCCCAGAUGUCCGACUCUGGACCAGCCGUGUACAGACAGCCGCCCAAGAAGGUCUCCUCGGACACCCGGUCCAAGUAUGUGGUCCAUGAUCAGAACAGAGGAGGAGGCGGAAUGGCCACUAGGUACUUGGCUACCGGUCCCACAGCUGGGCCCAUGCAGCACCACCACCAAGAGGACCCAGGGUUUCACCCUAAAUCUAAUGACUACUACCAACCACCUACCCAAGGGCUUGAAGAAGACCAAUCAUUGAACCCUCAUAUGGACCGCUACCAGCUGAUGCACCUUGCACACCCUGAGAAGCCGAUUGGAAACUAUUCGAACAUUGAGGGAGAGAUUGACUCGCUCACCUGCAUGCUGGCUGAUCUGGACAGCUAUUCACUAAGCAGCACACAGCUGUAUGACAAUGUGCCUUACAACAAACGCAUCUCGGGGGACCGCUACAACCCCUCAGCCCAGCCAGGUGCCCAAUCUCAGGGAGGGCCGUCAAUGGGUUUCCCUCCUCAUUCCACCAGCCAUCCUGCACCCCCAAACCCCAGUGAUCCCCACCAGGGUCUCCAGUACUUCCCCCAGCCAGACGACACUGACGCCCAGGUCUCCAAACCCUACCCCCAGCAUGUCCCUGCCUCCUACACUACCGCCUCCACCCCUACUGUCCCGAGGCUCAAUGUCCAGGUCAAAACAGCCCAGCCUGUCACCUACUCCCAGACUGGUAGGCAAGCCGAGCAGGGUUACACCCCUCCCACACACCGCCAGCACACGCUGCGGAACUCGCCCCAGAAUCUCGCAUCCCAAGCCCAGCAACUGCACUAUGAGGGGAGCUACAAGGCGAGUGCCGCCGGGUCUGCAGUGAGAGCAUCGCAGAGUCCUACUCCCAAAAGAGGCCCAGAGACUCACCAAUCAGGGUCAGGCUCGGCACCAAGCUCCGCCUAUCAGCCCAGUAAGCAGGGGAGAGCAGCUCUGAGACAAGAGGAGUUGGAUGGGCUCACAAAGAAGUUGGUGUAUGACAUGAAUCAUCCCCCUACAGAGGAAUACCUUGGUAGCUGUGCACGUUGCGGUGACAACGUCCUUGAUGACGUUAGCGGCUGUAUCGCCAUGGAGCAGGUGUUCCACGUAGAGUGUUUCACUUGUGCCACCUGCCACGCCCCUUUCCGGGGGCAACCGUUCUACGACCUGGACAAGCAGAGCUACUGCAAGAGCUGUUACAUUAGUAUCCUAGAGCGCUGCUUUCUGUGCUCCAAGCCCAUCCUGGACCGUAUCCUACGGGCCAUGGGCAAUGCCUACCACCCGCGCUGCUUCAACUGUGUUGUGUGUGGCUGCUGCCUGGACGGCGUGCCCUUCACCGUGGACGCCACCUCCCAGAUCCACUGCCUUGACGACUUCCACAGGAAGUUUGCCCCUCGCUGCUCAGUGUGUGGCCAGGUCAUCAUCCCCGAGCCGGGCCAGGAGGAGACGGUCAUUAUAGUGGCGCUGGGCCGCAACUUCCACGUCAACUGCUAUGUGUGUGAGGAGUGUGGUCUGCUCCUGUCCUCUGAGGGUGAGGAGCGAGGCUGUUACCCCCUGGACGGUCACAUCCUGUGUAAGGGCUGCAGCACCCAGCACAUUCAGAACCCCUCCACCAACAUCUCCACUGACCGCUAACCAACUAUGGAAAAUCACUUCUUACCUUUAAUCGAUGACCCGUCAACCCUUCCAUUACUUCCACCUGCUCUGGGGUAAAAGUUGCCCUAAGGAACAGAUCUGGGAUCAGUUCUACCCCCUCUGAUACAUAACCUUAACCACAAGGAGGAAAUGUUAACCUGACUUGAAAUCAGUCUCGAAGGGCAACUUCAUCCUCAUAGUUGUUCGUUAUUCUUCAGAUGCCCAAAGCUUAGGAAUUAGUAAUAGGCCUACUAUUGAACCUCAACCUGACAGUCUUCAAUGUCAAGUAAAAUUAAAUGAUGACUUCAUAAGGUUUAUAGGUACAGGGUAUUGAAACGUGGAUGGAUGUAAGUUCAACCCAUUUUCCUUAUCUUCUGCUUUACACUAUCCUCUACCCCUACUCCCUUUCCACUCCACCUCCUUCCCCUCAGUCCCAUACCAGUACUGUAUAGAGCCCCUGACCUGCAGGCAGCAGGGGCUGCUCCACUGCUUCUCACCCACACGAUCCUGCGUGUUUCACACUCUCACACACACACGAUCCUGCGUGUUUCACACUCUCACACACACACGAUCCUGCGUGUUUCACACUCUCACACACACACGAUCCUGCGUGUUUCACACUCUCACACACACACGAUCCUGCGUGUUUCACACUCUCACACACACACGAUCCUGCGUGUUUCACACUCUCACACACACUCACGAUCCUGCGUGUUUCACACUCUCACCCACACGGUCAUGCGUGUUUCACACUCUCACACACACGAUCAUGCGUGUUUCACACUCUCACACACACGAUCAUGCGUGUUUCACACACACUAUCCUGCCCAACAAAGGUGGGACAUGGAAGGAGCUCUAUGGAAAAUUACUGAUAGAUAUUGUGGAUGUGGAGGAUGAUAAGUAGGAAAAUUAGGUGAUAUUGAGGAAUACAAAGUCUUCCUGGCUGUGAGGUAACUGACCAGUCCAGAUAAUGGAACACAUAUGGAGACCAAGUGGGUGUAGUCAGUGUGGUGCAGUGAGAGUUUUUAGAAAGUAGACUGAAGGAAAGAUUGGGAAAAGAACGGGUUGAGUCAUGUCAAUGCUUUCCUCUCAUUGGAUGUUAACAGUAUGUAGGUUGUCUUAUAAUAUCUUGCACCACAUGUCAGAACAGAACAUCAAUAUUUUAUUCCACAGGACAGUGAUUUGUAUAAUGAUAAUUGGUAUUGCAUUUUAGGGAAUGUUACUUUUAUACCAGUCCAAACCCCCUCUUUUAAAAUGUGAAUGCGCUUUUUAGAUAUUUUUCCUUGUUUAACAUUUGGGUUGAUUUGAUACUUUACAAUGAAGAUGAAUAAGGCACAAUGAAGUAUGCUUGCCAUUGUCUUACUGAGAAACCGGGUUCUGCAUACUGGCCACGUGGGCUGAGUAUAUCCUCUUGUGUUCAUUACGGGUUUUUGUUUAAGCUUAGCCUUGAGUUUGAUUCAUGCUGUUAGUUUACAUUGUCCAGAAUAAUGUUUUGUUUCAGUAUUUGAUUCUUCUCAGCGUAUAGGUCAAUGAGCACAAUGAUAUGAAGGUCCUUGUUUUGAGCCCUGUGAGUUGAAUUUUCCACUUUAUUUAUUUCAACUCCUGUUGUACUGCUAUUGUCACCAAGUCUAUGUUUAUCUGUGAUAUUGAGGCUCAGGUUCAUCACUGUGUAAUUGUUUUGUGUUCCACAGCAUCCUAUUAAAAAGUACUGCAGCAUAAUUGUAUUUGUCCAUGCCGAGGAAUAGACAGAGCAGGUGGUUUGCACAAUUUGAUUUGAGUUUGAAGUGUGUGAAUGAUUAGCUAUUUUUCAUCCCUAAUGCCAAUUGUAGUAUGUGAUCAAUACAAUAAACCAUCCUUUUUUCAGCAAACUA